GUAUUUUGACGUUUCGCUCCAUUCGAACACAUCAGACUCCCCAACGCGAGCGUCUUUUUGGAUCCAGUCGCAUUUUUUACUAACAAAUAGUUAAAACCUUUAAACAAUCACAGAAUUGUUGUUGCUUAAAUUUAAAUAGUUAUCAAAAAGCCACACACAAUGGAUGAUGGCGAUUACGACAACGACGAUGUCGGAGGAGACGAAUUUGACGACGUAGAAGAGGACGAUAACAUUGACGAGCUGAACCAGGAGGAAGAUGGAGAUAAUAUUGAGCUGAUUACACCCGGUCAAGCCGGUGGCGGAGUUCCGAAAUCGAAGCGGAUUACCACCAAGUAUAUGACCAAAUACGAACGGGCUCGAGUUCUUGGCACCAGGGCAUUGCAGAUUGCGAUGUGCGCUCCGAUUAUGGUGGAAUUGGAAGGCGAAACCGAUCCUCUGCAGAUUGCUAUGAAGGAGCUAAAGCAGCGCAAAAUUCCCAUUAUUAUCCGGCGGUUUUUGCCGGAUUCCUCGUAUGAAGAUUGGAGUAUUGACGAACUGAUCAUCAUCGAUCAUUAAAAGACGGUUCAAAGUAUGUUUGCGUGAAUGGGUAUGAGUUUGUUUGAAUAUAUUUUAAGGGAGUCUCAA